UUGGCCAAGCCACCAGAAGACAGUCUGCUCUCUAUCCCUUACCUUAUAUAGCAGACCACGAAGAGAUGAAUUUCGGAGAGGGACACUAAACUGCGAAGGUCGUUGCCAGUGGCAUAGUUUGCCGUCCGUCGACUCCAGAGGACGGUCAUGUCGUGCUCGGACGUCAAUCUACUAAGAGAGAGCGAUGAGAGUGAGAUGUCGGACGCGGGGGCGAGCAGUGCAGGCCUAGGCCUGGACUCUGACAACACGUCAGUCCUGUCCGGCACGGAAAGCUCCAUGAGCCGAGCUCCAACUGAGGAUGAUGAUGAUGUGGCGGACGAUGAAAUUGUCGACGACGGCAACGACCAAGAAGUGGAUCCGGACGCCGACGCAGCCAGUUGUACGGCCGUGCCGGAUGAGUCACAAUCGGCCGAGUGCCGCAAGUACUCGUUACGCAAUCGCAACAAGAGAAGCGAAGAAAGUGCAGGAAAUGCGGACACAACAAUCGACGCCACAAAUGACAACGCGAGGAACGCUGAAAUGAGCAAGUCAAACGAAGACACGAGAGACAAGCUGAAAGGAAUAUCGGCUGAAGAUGGCGCAGGAACAAAGUCAGUCAGUGCAGCAAUGCCGGCAGCACCUACACAAAACAUGGCAGCGCACAUUACAAGCAGUUUCCCCGCAGCAGCCACAGGCAUCGUGCCGCAGAACCUCUCGAAUGCAGCACUGGCGGCCGCCGCAGCCAGCUCAGUGAAGAUUCCGUCGACGUACACAUUCUUCCAGCCUAGCACGUCUACUAUUGGCCAGGGCAGUGAACCGUUCACACGCAGCCGUGCAGCUAAACUGCGUGCAUCCCUUGCCAUACAGAGUCAGAUACAGCCAGUGGGGUGUACAGUGUCCAGUGGCCAUCACACAUCGCUAGUCAAUCACGCAUCACAGUCCAGGCUGGGUAGCCACACGCAAGCACCUUACUUCCCCGGCGCAAUACCCACCGUAAGGUCAAUGGAGACGGCACCGCACUCCUACAUCGUCAGCCCGUACUUGCAACGCAGUCCGCCAAGUGCAGCCGCCGCUGCUGCCGCCGCCGCUAUGUCGUUUGGUGCGCCGCGCUUUGUCAGCAGUCCUCAGUUCCCUCAUCAGCCAUUCAACAUGGAAGACGUGUCGCAAUUCUGGUCGCCGAACCCGCCCGACAUGACCAGCCUUCCUCUGUUCCAGGCCGGAGGUCACGCGCACCCGUUUCACCCGUCCUUCCCCAGUCCGCACAGCAUGCCGCACACUCCGGUCACAAUGCCGCCCACCGCCGCGCUACCCCCUGCUACGGCCACCACUGGCGGCGGUGUUCCGGUACCGGGCUCGGGCCCAGCAAACAGCAGCAGCAUCUGUGCUACCAGUGCAUCAAUUAUGACAGGAAUGACCGGUCUCUUGCCACAGACACCUGCAGCAACAAGCAGCACGGUCACAAGCACCAACACCAUGAAGGCAUCCAUGGGAUCGUCCAUCGCAGCUGCCGCACACAGCACUACGCAGCCAACGACGCGCUCCGGCAACAGGCGACAUCACAAGUCGUCGGGCGGCUCAAGGCCGGGCGGUCGCGACUCUGGCAGCAUGUCCAAGGCUGAACGACGCAGGAACAAGGCAAGCAUUCGUGAAAGGAAGCGUGUUGUAAGCCUCAAUGAUGCUUUCCUGAACUUGAAGCGGGCCAUGCCGUUCGUUCCGCCCGACACGAAGCUCAGCAAGAUCAAGACGCUUCGCUUUGCAAUCCGGUACGUCAAGCGGCUGAUGGAUACGCUGGACCACGGCGAUGCGGGAGAGCGGCAAGGUGGGCAUGCGAUGGCGCAAGGCAGUGGCCAGUACGAUGCCGAUCGCCUGGAUCAUGUGCACUUUGACACCGGCGAGUGCUUCAGCUCGUAUGGCGGCGCCUUCGAUGACUUUGACCUGGAGAUGGACUUCAACACUAGCUCACAUGCAUCGCUACCCGAUGUGCCGAUCACGAUCAAUGAUUCCGAUCUGGAUUGCUGAACACUGUCACCACCCAACACCCGGCUAAAUGGCGUCACCAGGUGCUGCACCGGGUAACCAUGGUAACAAUUGAAUAUCUACACAGUGUGCAAUGCCUUCUAACGCGGUCAUGCACAUUGCAGUACAGACAAGAACACUCUAUUCAAAUCUCUCAAAAUAUGAUGAACUUUUUUCAGUUGUCCUAAUUUCUACACGUUCUAUAUCAACACAUUCAUGACAUUCUAUAUCCUUCAACAAAAGUUCAAGUCAAAGAUCAAAUGAAAUUUCCCAAGCUAUUCUUUCUAAACUUCUGAUUGCACUUUAUAUCGGAUUGAAGACCACUUUGAGACCAAAUUAAUAUUUUCUUUUGGUCCUGUCCACUGGCAUGACGUCAUGACUGUAUGAGCACGGGCUACUCUCAGUGUUAUUCUAUUCACCGCCUUGAUAUUACAACUGCAUCAACCGUUGAUCAGAUUUCAAUUUGAUUCAAGAAUUCGAGUAUCACUUUCACAAGUAAGCUGAAGCAAUCCAACUUUCCCUGGUUCAUUUGAUAAUAAAAUCAAAUGAAUUUA